AUUCCGACCCCAGAAAUUCCCACCGGCCUCUGCCUGUCCUCCGCUGCCUCGUCUAGAUAUUCUUUGGACACUACACAGCCGCCUGCCCAAGACGUCCAUAUAUGUCUCGUCCUCGGCCGCCCGCCCUCUGCGCAGUCCAGGCUCGUCCGCCCACCUGCCCUCCUCGACUCAAUGGAGCCCUGACUGGCAGUUCCUCCCUCCCUCGCAUCUGCGCAUUUCCCGUGCCAUAGCAGCCUUUGCCCGGAGCAUCUCGCACCCAAAAAGAACCAAACAUACACGAAGCAGCAGCAGCGCCAUAGCAAACAUGUCUAGAAGCGGCGGUGCAAAACUCAAGGACGCCUGGGACGACGAUGACUGGGAGGCUCAAGCGGACCGGGCUGCAAAGGAGCCCCCGGCGCCUCCCAAGGUAGUCCAGCCAGCUCCAUUGUCCAAGAAGGAGCGGCUCGCGCAACAUGCCGAGCUCAACAGGAAACUGUGGGAGUCAGCUGAAGGACCGCCGGCCGACGGCUUCCAGUACCUCCCGAGCCAGAGCUCCCAGAUCCCCGCCUCGAUGCAGACACAGAGUGCCUUCAAGCCCGCCCUCAAGGUGCUGUCCCGGCGUCCCGCGCCUCAGAUGAUUGCCAAAAAGGACCCGGCGACCGGUCUCUCCCAGCUCACCCUCGAGGACGACUCCGACGACGAAGACAAGGCGAAGAAGGCGCUCACGCCCGAGGAGAUUCGAGCACGGCAGCAGCGCGAGCUCGAAGAGAAGCAGCGCAGGUAUGAGGAGGCCAGGGCCAAGAUCUUCGGCACGGCAAACGGUGGCAACACGGCCAACGGCGCAGGCGGAGGAUCUGGCCCCAGCAGUGGCGCGAGCACGCCAGGAACCACGACACCGCCACGGUCAUACGACAAUAGCCGAGGGGGCCGAGGAGGACGCGGCCGCGGCCGCGGCGGCUUCCGCAAUCAAAACUCAGAGGCUCGCGGUGGCGGCGGGUACCGUCAGCGUGAUAAAGAGCGAGAGCAGCCGCGUCCUGGACAGCAGCCUGGCGGCACGCCGCAAGAGCUGUAUGACCCUGGAUAUGCGCCUCGGCCAAGUCCGCGGGGAGAACGUGGAGGGGUCACGCCAGUAUCUGGCAGGUCCACGCCCCGAGACGCGCGAGAGGAAGCGCCGGUUCGGGCACCCCGAGGACCGGACGGAACAGGUAGAGGUGGAUUCGGCUUCGCACGGCGCAAUGCCGACAACAGUUGAAUAUAUAUACAAACGCCUGUCAUGCAACU